UUUUUAAAAAAGAUAUGGAGAAAUUUUUAUAUUAAAUCAGAAAUAUUAAAAAGAUUAAAACUAUUUAGAUUGGUAUAUAAUUAUUCAAGUAAUUCAAAUUUUGUAUUUAAUUUAAAUACAUUAUGCAAUUUUAAAUAUAAAGAUUUUUUAUUAGAUGUUCAUUUAAUUUCGAUGAAUCUGUUGAUAAAAAGUGGUGUACUACCGAAAUCGAUUACCCAUCUCUCAAUAGGAAGUAAUUGUGGUUUAGAACCAGGUUCAAUUCCAAACCGAGUAAAGAAACUAACUUUUAGGAAUCAAUUUAAUAACAACGAUGUUCAAAUUGUGCCAUAUAUAAUACCAAAUUCAGUAGAAAUAUUGCAUUUCAUUUCAUAUAAUAGUACGCAAAGAUAUGAUGUCAAUGUUAUUCCCCCAUCAGUUCAUACAUUGCUAAUUACCAAUAUUUGUCAUCCACUUGAAUAUGGAUCAAUUCCUCCAUCCGUCACAAAUCUUGAGGUGGGUUUUGACCAACCUCAUAAACCCAAUGUAAUUCCUCCAUCUGUAACUGUUUUAGCAAUAAACACAAGUAUUGAAUACUUAACUAUCGACUCAAUUCCUAAUUCAGUUAAGCAUCUUGUUUUUGAUAAUUUCAAAAAUGAAAAAAUACCACCCAAUUGCAUUCCGUCAUCAGUAGAGUAUUUAGAGUUUUCAAAUUCAUACAACCAACCUAUUGAUGGUAGUUUUUUUAAAGAUAUUAAGACAUCGAAUUUAAAGACGAUUGUUUUUGGGUCAAGAUUUAAUAACAAAAUACUCCCAGGUUCGUUACCAAACUCAUUAAAAAGUAUUACAUUUGGGUUCCAUUACAAUUUAAAAUUAGAAGAAACAAACAUUCCAAAAGGUGUAGAGCAUAUUAAAUUCAACUAUAUAUUCAACCAAGCACUUAAAGGUUUGCCAGACUCAUUAACAAAACUCGAGUUAGGUUAUUGCUUUGAUCAACCUAUACUGCCCAAUACACUCCCACAAAAUUUACAUUAUCUAGAGUUU